AUGAGACCCCUCUGCGUGCUGUCUAUAGACGGUGGUGGUAUCCGCGGAAUCAUCCCUCUCCUCAUUUUGCGCGAAAUUAUGCGACAUUUGCAGGAUGUUUCUGGUAAAGAGCUUAAACCUUGUGAAGUUUUCCAUUUGAUAGGAGGAACGAGUGCGGGAGGGCUAAUUGCCCUCAUGCUUGGGAGAAUGCGGAUGACGGUCGACGAAUGCAUCAUCCAAUUCAGAAAGCUAUCCGAGCAAAUAUUUAGGGAACCGACGCGCACGUCAUUUUUCACAAGGUCCCAUUGGUACUCUUCGGAAACUCUUGAAAACGCACUCAAAGAAGUCAUCAAAGACCAAACGACCGACUCGGAAACCCCCAUGCAAGACGAUGAUCCAAAGUCAUGUCCAACUUUUGUUGUUGCGGUCCAAAACCAUGAUGUCAACCAUCCAACACCGAUCCUUUUUCGUACCUACCAAUCUCCAUUAUUGGAUCGUACUCCCAGCCCUCGUAGGGCAAAGAUUUGGCAGGCAGCUCGGGCGACGGCUGCUGCUCCUAAGUAUUUUCCUCCGUUUCGUUUAGGCGAAGUGGAGUAUAUUGAUGGUGGCUUGGGUCACAACAAUCCUGCCCCCAGCAUCCAACGGGAAGCCCGAUCUCUCACGACAUCCAAUCAUCCUAUCGGCUGCAUGAUUAGUUUAGGGACUGGAGUCCCAGGGACUGUCACCUUCAAAGUCGCUGGCCCACUGCUUCUCACACUCGGCCGUAUUCUCAACUUGAAUGAUUCACUGACAGCGAUGAUCACGGAUGCGGAGAAGACUCAUGAAAACACGAAAACAAAUGCGGCUGCAGCUGAAUUCAAUUACUUCAGGUUCAAUCCAGUGCUACCUUCCCCCGGAAAUUUUCCGCUGGAUGCAUGGGAGAAGAUUGGGACUUUACAGGACAAGGUAUCUGGCGUGGACGGUUACACAUCCAGAGUGGAUGAAGAGUUACUUUAUUGUGCUGAGAUCGUGAAUGAGUUUCGCCGUCGUGAUGAUGAAAAUUUCUCAUCUUCCGGACCAGUUGUAGGCGACGUCGACUUUAUUGCUCACUCCGAUUACAUCAAUCCUCGCAUGGUUGCGCACUGGGGUGGUGAUCGUGGUCCGCACAACAUUGCCCGGCACCAUAUGGAUAUUCCCGCGAUCCUCCACGCCGCGAUAAGUUACAAUUCUACACCUCUAGAGCGUGCAGAGAUUUCUACAGGGGGGAUGAUGCUGAGAUUUGUUACCCCCUCUCGCGGAUCGGAGGAGCAAGUUGGUCCUUCGGCAACAAAGGAAUAA